AGGGCUUCAAGCAACCGGUUGCUGACCGCGCACGGCCUCAGGCUGAACCCAGAACCCCCAGAACUUCCACGGGGCUGAACAUCCCUUCUCCGACGGGCGAUGUCCGCUGCCAGGGUGGGCGCGGCAUUGCGGGCUUUUUUGGAUUCGCCCGACGCUGCGCUGUGGCCGCGGACGGCGACGGCGGCUCGCAGUCUGCAGGGCGUCAUGCAGGAGGAGGGCGCCCUCGAUGCACCAGCCCCCGGUGGUCGCAGGGCGGUCCGGUUCACCCCGGCGGCCCGGCACAAGCUCCAAAUGAGGGUGUCGCACCAGAAGCGGGUGCGUGAGAAGCUGUCCGAGCGCUUGGAGGCUGAGACCGGACCUCGAGCUGGCCGCCGCGUCAAGGACAUGUGGAUUCUGAGGGCAGGGCUUUCGCCGCCCAACAUGCCCUUGCGCGACGUGGCGUCCUUCUGCUCUGACUUCACCGGCGUCGAGCAGCAGGCCAUCGGCGCGGGCUCCGUCCGCAAGGCGAAGGACGCCUUCGCCGAGCUGCUCAAGAUGAUGAACCGCGACCACAUCGGGAAGAUGGCCCAGUCCACCUCCGAAUGCACAGUGUACGUGUCGCACACGCAUGACGAGGCUUCUAUGAGGCUGCGGUCCUACAACGCAGCCUGCGCGCCAGACGGCGUGGCCGCCGUUCCGCCCUCUCGGCGUCGGGCUCGCGGGCGUGCAUCCAAAAUCCAGAAUAACUGCGUCACCGUGACGAUCGGCGGCGCCGCGCCCCCGCUGUACGUCGAGCUCCAGCCUCUGCAGAAGAAGGAUGCUCCCAGCAUUGCCUUCGCGCUGUGGCAAGUGAUCGACAUCAUCUUGAAGGCAGCCAUGCCGCCGAAGGAGCCAGAUGCCGUGCGCGUGCAGCAGCUUCUAGACGCCGGGGAGUUUACUGCGCCAGAGAGAGAGAAGGCCGAGACGAAAUUGGGCAGGCGGGCGGAUAAUUUCGGCGGCACGCCCAGGGAGCAGGUCUUGAAGAUCAUGAUGGCGUGCACGCGGCUGGGUCACAAGCGCUUGGGCGAUUCUCAGCUCUCGAACCUGAUCCCCAAGGUGAAGUUCUCGAUAGUUGCGACGGUGAAGAAGACGUAUUGGGUGUGCCCGACAGAGCUUCUCCCCAAGGAUUUGCCGCCGGGCGUCGUGCGCCCACCCAGCAUGUUCGUGCUCCCUGCGGGCUUCGACAUCCAGAACUUCAGCAUCGUGGACAAGAAAGUCGACAGGCCACUACAGAAUUCGACACCAACCCCCGGUAGGUAUGCGAAUUCAGUGGUGGCCUGGCGAUUGUCUUGUCCACCCAGGGGGGCUAUGCCAAUCGACACGGGCGAACUCGAAUUGGCGAUGAAGGAGACUAUGGAUUUCAGCUCGGCGGGCCCGAGCGCCAGCGGAGCGCUCGCGCUCGGCGAUCGGGCGCCGCAGCAGGAGGUCGGCGGCGCGCCGAGCGCGCAGCAGCCACCGCCCACCGUCGAGCCGAAGGGCACCGACGAGCCCGCGGAGAAGCCGGCAACCAGAGAGCUGCAGAAGGAGGACUCCAGCGAACGGCCCCCGCCGAACCUCGAGAAGACCUUGAAUGGCAUGGCUCACACGCUGAAGGAGGCCGCGAAGGCAGGGCGCUUCUACGACCCGGACCCGAUGUGCAAAGACACCGUGCAUCACGUGUUGCAGCGGUUCGUGAACUUUGCGCUCUCCUCGGGGUGGAACCAGGGGGAGGAGCCAAAGGUGGCCAUCAAUUUCAUGCGGUACCUCGUGAAGCGCCUGCGGAACACGGAGAGCCUCGAUUAUCUUUCUCACAUGGUGAAGCCCAUGGAGCAGCUGAUGGGGAAGCUCCCCGCGCUGGUGCCCGAGACGGGCAAGGUGGUCAUCCAUUUGAGCAAGCUCAGUUUCCUGACCGAGACGCCCCUGAAUUACGGCACGCUGGACUUGGACGAGCAGAACGAGUUCGAUUCGGCACCCUUGUACAAGCAGUGGAUGAGGAGGCGUUUUGAUAAGAAGUUGGAGAAGGUCCGCGGGGACGCGGGGAAGGACCCGAAGGAGAGGCGGGGUGAGUUGGCGGGCAUGCAGAGCCAGUUCGACAAGAUCGACGGCGAGGGCAAGAUGACUGAGGAGGUGAAGGCCCAGUACAACUUCGGCAUGAGCGUCUUGUCGCCGUCCAUGUCGCUCGGUGGCCAGGUGGAGUACUUGCAGGGCUUGGGGGAGACGGGGUGGUCCAUGCUGGAGACGUGGUGGCCGAAGAGCCCGGCGACGAAGUUCGCGAAGCUCGUGCCCGGGGCCGAAACCUCAGUGGAGGACGUCGUGGCCGCCGCGUCGUCGGUGCCGCCGAGCGACCUCGCCCAGGCUGCCUCCCACUUGAACCCCGUGGUCGUGAGGCUGUGCGAGAUGUGGCACCCCCUGACGGAGGCCGUGGCGGACAAGCCCGCGCGGGACCGGCUCUUCCGCGAGACCGUCUCGUACAAGCUCAAGGGGGCCGAUUCGUGCGAGAACACGGGCGCCGAGGUGCCGCAGGACGGGGUCAUCGAGAAAGCGGGCGGUGUCCUCUGGCCUCUCUGGAGGAGCAGGGACGUCACGGCCGCGCCCCCUCUCACGAAGAAGUGCUUGGAGUUAGAGCGCGCGCGCCUGGAGACCAAGAAAAAGGAGAAGGAGGAGAAAGAGGAGAAGGACAAAGCGGGAAAGGCCCAGGCCGACAAGGGGAAGGCCGACAGCCCGGCUGGCGAGGGCAAGAAGAGGGCCGCCGAGGAGGGCCAGGCAGGGCCCGACCCGAAGAAGGCGAAGACCGAGGGCCAGACUGACCCGCUCGACUGGCUCAAGCCGGGCGUCGAGGUGAUCUGCAGUUGCAAGCUCACGAAGGACAAGUCGAAGUACGAGGGCAAAAAGGGGCAGGUCGUCUCGCUGGUGAAGGCGAACACGGCCUGCAGCGUGAAGCUCCUGGAGGGUUCGGAGGCUAACAAGAGGCACGUUUUCGUGCUCAGUCAGCUGUCGCCAGUACCAGGUGCCGCCUCCAGCGGGAACGCCGCCGCGGACAGCGGCGGUGCCGCGCCGCCUGAGAAGGACGAUCUCUUCUCCGAUCCAGAGCUGGAGAAGGAGAGGUGAGCGGCGCGGCUUCUCCCCUCCCAGUCCUCCCUCCCAGAUCCUCCCUCCCAGUCCUCCCUGCCAGUCCCCCCUCCCAGUCCGAACCCUCCCCCGGGCAGGAUCCGUCCGCCGCAGGCCCGAGGUCGGGCGGGAGCGGCGGCUGUGUUCGGGCGGGAGGGGCGGCCUGCCCAAUUUCAAGAGAAGCUACUCUAAGACUGGCCCCGUCACGGCUUAGGGGCCAGCAGUCGCGAGACUUUCGAUGGCGAGCGGCGGCGACACCAGCGUCAGCUAGGACAGGUGACA